AUGGAGCUCGACUCCACCGCCAACAAGACGAAGCCAAAGCGUAUCCGUGCGCCGAAACCACGGAAACCUGCUCUCCGGAGAGGCAAAGCAUGUCUCAAUUGUCGGCAUCUGAAGAUCAGGUGCGACGGGGUUCAUCCGAUUUGCGGAAACUGCGUUCGUGUACCCAAGGACGAGCCAUGUAUCUUCAUUCUCCCACUCUCAGCUCGUCGACGCUCCGCUGCGGCCUCUCUACCUAUGGAACACCAUAGUAUCGAUGCCUUGACGUUUUCGGGUUCUUCAGCCGGAUACCCACUGGCACCAUCGUCUCCCAGCUCGUCUCCUGAAAGCAUUUUCCUCCUGCCCGUAACAGAGCACACCCCUGGCUCAUCCCCUGCGCCAUCAGGGAGCGACAGCAGCUCUUGCGGCGAUGCUCUGUCGUAUUUUUCUUGUCUGAGUGAAUCGCGUAGUGAAGACCUUCAAGUUGAGCAACAUCCAGAGACAAUCGAGCUUUUGCUUCAAUUUUUCCUGCCCUCCGCAACCCAGCUCAAUUUCUUCCUCCACAUUGACCGCUUCGUGACCUCAGCGAUCUGCCCAAUCAUUUCGGGCCUCGAGCUGCUCGGCGACCUUCUAGGACCAACUCCGCCCCUCUUAUACGCCGUCUGCCUAUGGGGUGCCCAUCUCGCUGGCCCCAAUCAUCACCUCUUCUCGUUGAAGGCCGCGUUCCUCCGCCGCGCAUUACGCUACCUCUCCGCGGAAAUUUACGCCUCCGCCACCAGAGAGACAACCGAUGUCAUACAAACCAUCCAGGCUCAGGUCCUCCUUGCGACAUAUUUUCUCGUCAACAAGCAGCUGUUGGCAGCGCACGUGCAAGCCGGGGGAGCGGCGACUCUGGCGAUCGGGUAUAAGCUCCAUCUGCUGGGGUCGCCAAGGCGCUACGACCAGGACCUGUCGGAAGUGUCUAUCCGGCAUCCCCAUGACGCCGUCGAGGAGGGCGAGUGGAUUCGCGCCUUCUGGGCGGUUGUAAGGCUUCAAACGACAUUGGAGCUCGUCGAAAUCGCCUCGAAUAUGGUCGGCAGUCCGCACGUGAAAGCCGGUAGUAUACACUGUUCGUCAAACAUCCUCUCCUGCUUUGAGAACGAAAUCGAGACGCCGUGGCCGGGGCAUAUGGACGACUAUGACCUAUUGCUGACCCCCCCGCUCGCUCAAAGUAAUGGCGGCGAGUCUGCAAUUUCGCGACUACUUUACGGCGAGCUCGACUAUUGCUGCGACGGAUCAUCAGCAAUGUACCCUGCUCAGGCAGCUGUGUUGUUCAGUCAAGCUUCUCGGAUGGCACUCAACCCUACCGACCCUCUCUCCGACCUGCUUCUCACACGUAUUUCUCUCUUUAUGGACUCGCUCAGUGGGCUGGAUGCAAACGAAGACUUGCUCAAUGCCCACGCCCUCGCCGCUGCCGCUUCGAUUAUUCUCCGCCGACCCCAGGCUGGCUGUGGGCCCAACAGACAGCCAGCCCUGAUCGAUGCUGCAGGUACCAUCCUCCAUCUCCUUGGGAGGCCAGGACUGCAUGGCAUCGAUGCAAUCGCGCACGGGCUUACCAGCCCGACGACGAGCUCCCUGUGCUACUUCGCAUGCAGUAUUUUCUGUGACGAGAUACAUGCGUGGAAAACGCAUUCAGUCCUGUUCGGCCUCGGGCAGCAAGGAGCUCCGGGUCCCGAGGCUAUCCUGGGGCUGCAGUUGCAGGAAGGGAUGAGGGUGUUGGGGACUUUCGUCGGGGGGAACCCGCUCGCUGAGCAGCAGCUGACGGAAAUACAGGAGCGGUAUUCGACCUUUUUCGGCGUGCUGUAA